CGAUUCCCAGCUUUCGCAGUCACAGAAAAACCUCUGUGCGGUUCAGUUUGUGCCGGCAGUUGCGCCUGUGUCGCUUCCUCGACCUAGCGUCUGAAAUUGUAGUAGUACUCGUAUACAGUUAUUUCAACAGCCGGUAGAAAAAUAAAACAAGACUUUAUUGAGUUUGGGUAUAAGUUCUAGACGGUUUAAACAAAUAGAUAAAAAGGGAUUCAAGUGAAUUUCGAGAAAGUUGUGUUAAGGUGCAGCCAGCUGAGGUAUCGAUUUGAAGAAGUAAAUCAAUAAGAUUGCGCAAAUAGAGCGACAUACGUUCUAAACUACCGAUCCAUCUCAAGAUAGGCUAUUAUAACAGGAAGAUAAAGAUGGCGUUACAGGCAGCUGAAGGACCAAUCAGAUAUGGCUUACCGUCCGAAUGGGAAAGAUUCAACAAUUACAACGUCAAUCAUUCAGAUAGUGAAGAGGAAGAUACACUGCCUAAAGAUCCUCGUCAGUGGUCCAGAGAACACGUCAUGCAAUGGCUGAGAUACACCACCCAAGUCCACGGUCUUCCCGAUGUCCAUCCUUCCAGGUUUCUCAUGAACGGGAAAGCUCUGUGCCUCAUGUCCCCCGGAAUGUUCCUGUCCAGGGUACCGCUAGGGGGAAAACUCCUCUACAAAGAUUUCCAGCUACGACUGUGCGCUGCUAUGUAUUCCAGAAGUUAGACAUCCCCGAUUUUGUUAAAAAGCUAUUUAUUUUAGGAAUAUUUGUAUCGUUUAAGUGCGUAAUGAGUUUAAGGGUUACGUGAAGUUCCUUGGAUAUAAUGUCUUACCUUAAAUAUUGACCUCAAUUUGUUUUUGGUAACCAUAUGUUUGAAUCAUAUAAGUAAAACUCUCCAUAAGGCUAGUGAGUAAUAAUACAUAAAACAAUUUAUCUUUUCAAAAUAAAAAUUUCGUUUACCUGAGAUUUCCUGUUUUAUGUUCCGAUGCACCACACGCGGUCUAACAAUUGAUAUCCUUUUUUAUCCUUGUUCACAGCAUUCUGCAUGUUGUUGUGGUUGCACUCUCUUUGUAGGUGCUUAAAAUCUUUACUAGCCUAUAGAAGUAGUACUUAUAUGGCUUGAAUAUUACCAUUUUCAUACCUAUAUUUAGGCCAGUUUAAUUUAAAUAUAAUAAUUGCAAGAUGCUGUUCCGUUUUCAAUCAUUUGGUUUGAUUAUUAUGAAUAUGAUGCUGUAAUUUUAUAGAUUGUUCACUCUUAGUUACUUACACUUGUCUCUUGAUAGGCCAGAAAUGUUUAAAAAUAUUUUUUUUGUUGAUUAUUUUUAUAAGAACUAAUUUUAGAUUCUACCUCAGUAUUUGUACAGGUUGAUUUAUAUUUGAACACAUAAUAUAAUAUACCUUCUCUAAGUUUUUAAAUUUCUAUAACCUUGUCUUGAAUUUCUUUUUGUAUAAAUAAAUAUUACUAGGAAUAAUAGAGAAUCUUUUAGACUGAUUUUUUAUUAAGAAUAAUUUUUGUAAGAUAUAUAAAUUUGUAUAUUUUUGCUAGUCAUGUAUAUAUUUUUCUUUUGAGAAAGUUAUUUAAUUUUGUAAUAUUGGUUGAUAGAAACUUUUGUUAGAUGUAAAAAUUGUGGAAA